AGGCGCUUCCUGGACCUCCACAUCUUCUCACACGGCGAGGGAGAGUGACUGUGCGGCGCUUUGGAGAGAGUUCGCGGCGCUCUGAUGCGGUGGAGGUGCGCGCAAAAAGCCCGCAGGCGACGCGUCUGUAAACAACAACCGCAUCAACAGAACUUCGAGACGCAGAAACCUUUGAUGGCCAAAUCAAGGGCUGUUUUAGUGCCCCGUGAUUUUGUGCACUGAAGUCAUUUGGAAUGAAGGUCUUAGUUUCUCUCCCGAAUAUAACGGAUCUGACAGACCAUUUCGUGUUGGCUCCUCGGAUGGAUUUGCGGGAACAAUAAACAGACGUUUGCCGUUGCUAAUAGUGCGCAAACGCGCAAAAGUUUAAGUUGGCUUUGCCAUCAAGUUGAAAUGAUUGGGCUUCUGCAUCACCUAAUUUACUAAUUAGCAUUUUUAAACUCGCUUCAGCUACAAAAACUAAAACACAAAAUGAACUUGUACGUCUUGAGUCUCCUUCUGACCUUGGAUUUAGCCACAGUGGCCGUCAGUCUAUCCACAUGCAGCACUCUGGACAUGGAGCAGUUCAAAAAGAAGCGGAUCGAGGCCAUCCGCGGUCAGAUCCUCAGUAAACUCAAGCUGAGCUGUCCUCCCGAGAUCUACCCCGAGCCCGAGGAGGUGUCCCGGGACAUCAUCGCCAUCUAUAACAGCACGCGAGACCUGCUGCAGGAGAAAGCCAACGAGCGCGCGGCCACCUGCGAGCGACAGCGCAGCGAGGAGGAGUACUACGCCAAAGAAGUGCACAAGAUAGACAUGCAGCCCUUCUACCCUGCCGAGAAUGUCAUCUCUAAUACACAUUACAACCCGUACUUCAGGAGGCUCAGGUUUGACAUGAGCUCCAUGGAGAAGAACGCCUCGAACCUGGUGAAGGCAGAGCUCAGGAUCUUCAGGCUGCAGAACCCAAAAGCCCGUGUGUCUGAGCAGCGCAUUGAGCUUUACCAGAUUUUAGGUCAUAAAGACCUCACGUCACCCACGCAGCGCUACAUUGACAGCAAGGUGGUGCGCACCCGUACGGAGGGCGAGUGGCUGUCGUUUGACGUGACGGAGGCCGUCAGCGAGUGGCUGCUGCACAGAGACAGAAACAAUGGAUUCAAGAUCAGCCUGCACUGUCCCUGCUGCACAUUUGUGCCGUCAAAUAAUUACAUCAUCCCCAACAAGAGCGAGGAGCUGGAGGCGCGCUUUGCAGGUAUAGAUGACAGCUUUGUACACAUAGGGGAUCUGAAGAUGUUUAAAAAGCGGCAUCGGAGCGGUCAGUCUCCACACCUGCUGCUGAUGCUGCUUCCUUCAUACCGACUGGAGUCGCAGCACAAGAGCCACAGACAGAAACGCGCUCUGGACGCGGCCUUCUGCUCCAGGAAUGUGCAGGACAACUGCUGUUUACGCUCUCUCUACAUCGACUUCAAGAAGGAUCUGGGCUGGAGGUGGAUCCACGAACCCAAAGGUUAUAACGCCAACUUCUGUGCGGGAGCCUGUCCGUAUCUGUGGAGCGCAGACACCCAGCACAGCAACAUCCUCGGCCUCUAUAACACUAUUAAUCCAGAAGCGUCCGCAUCUCCUUGCUGUGUGUCUCAGGAUCUGGAACCCCUCACAAUCCUUUACUACAUUGGAAAAACCCCUAAAAUCGAGCAGCUCUCCAACAUGAUUGUCAAGUCGUGCAAGUGCAGCUAGGAACGAUCAACUCCGUUUCCGAGAACACGCAUUCAAACAAACAAACAUACAGUAAUUUAAAUCCCAAUCACACACAUGCUGCACAGAGCAAUUCCUACAAACUCUCAAAAACCAAGAUGACAGGUAAAAACACACAUCUGAAUGUGUGAAUGUGUGCUGGAAACGGCCAUGUGUCACAUCACCCGCUCCUCACUCUAUGGAUGUGAGUUUGGCAAACACUGGAAGUACGUGAUAGGUGUUUAUAUGUGAAGCAAGCGGAAGAAAAAAUCCCUUGUUCAAUUUAUUUCAAACAAACACUUUUUUUUUUGUCUUUGUUGUUGUUGAUUUUGUUUUCCUCAAUAAUACGGAUAUUGUUUGUUUGGUAAUAUAUAAAACCCAUUAUAUUGUUCACCAGUACUGGUGAAGAGCUGGAAACUUCUGGCAAACCGUUGCCACAAACUA